AUGGACAGAGAGCGCUCCCCAAAGCGCAAACGCUCGCCAGACGGCCUGGCUCGCUUCAGCACUCCCGAGCGACCACCGCAUUCACCGAUAUCAGCACAGCAGUCCCCAGGACUCCAACCACGCAGCUUCCUGGCUGCUGAUGUUGAAGAACCCCAGUUCGACGAUGUCCAGGCAGCCUAUCAUCAACAACACGAAGAAUUGCGUCAGAACGAGGUCUACGAGUCACGAUCACCCUCCGUAAACGGCAUUCAGAAGUCGGCUUCCCCGCCGAGGGAACGACAACUAGGCUAUAAACCGAAGCUGAUACUGCGGGGUCAUAAGAAGGGCGUUGCGCAGGUCAAGUAUUCGCCCGACGGGAGGUGGAUUGCAAGCUGCUCUGCGGAUGCUUCGAUCAAGAUAUGGGACUCGACCACCGGGUCACUACUGCAGACUCUGGAGGGCCAUUUCGCAGGCAUCUCAUGCAUAGCAUGGGGUCCUGAUUCGAAGACUAUAGCUUCUGGCUCAGACGACAAAUCUAUCCGACUCUGGGACGUCGAAACUGGUAAACCUCACAAGACCGCCUUUACGGGCCACCACAGCUAUGUGUACUCCCUGUCGUUCUCGCCAAAAGGCAACAUGCUCGUCUCUGGCUCCUACGACGAAGCCGUGUUCCUUUGGGACUUGCGGACCGCAAAGCCAAUGCGAUCUCUGCCCGCGCACUCGGAUCCCGUCGGCGCCGUGGACUUUGUGCGUGACGGCACACUCAUCACGUCCUGCUCCAGCGACGGGCUUAUAAGAGUCUGGGACACGGCAACGGGACAGUGUCUACGGACGCUCGUCCACGAAGACAAUGCGCCCGUGACAAGCGUGAAGUUCAGCCCGAAUGGGAAAUACCUGCUUGCCUGGACACUGGACAGCUGCAUGCGGCUGUGGAACUACGUCGAGGGCAAGGGCCGCUGUGUCAAGACGUACCAGGGCCAUCUCAACCGCAAGUACGCCCUCUCGGGAUGCUUUGGCGUGUACGGCACGAAGCCAUACGAGUCUGCCUUUGUCGCGUCUGGGAGCGAAGACGGCCGCAUACUGCUCUGGGACGUCAGCAGCAAGAUCCUUCUACAGAGUCUAGAAGGCCAUAGGGGCCCGGUCAUGAGCGUGGACAGUCACCCUGCGGAACGCGCUAUCGCCUCGGGCGGACUGGAUCGUACGGUGCGCAUAUGGCGAAGUGACGAGCCGAUUGAGCAGACUUUUGCGCACGAGCAGUUGGCCGACGAGACGAGCGAGGAGGUGCCUCCGGAUAUGAGGGCGGAGAUGGCUGAGAUGGCUGAGAUGGAACAAGCUGCUCAAGAGGAUCGGGAGCAGGGGUCGGAGCAGGAGAUGGAGGUUGACGGAUGA